AUGUCUUAUGGAGGACAGUCUGAUGAGAUCGCAGAGUCGUUUGCCGAUGCUCUGAAAGAUCUCGGCAUUAACUCUCGCUAUGAAAUCAGCAAUCUAACAGGUAGCGCUGACCAUUCCAUAGAAAAUACCGAUCAUUCCCUCACCAUAUCGGAGGCUCUGAAGACUCACAUCAAACAGGUCGCUCCUCCCAAAAAGCUUCCUGCUUUCUAUGUGCUUGAUUCCAUUGUCAAGAAUGUCGGUACGCCUUAUACCCUCUUCUUUGGCCGACAGCUCUACCAGACGUUCAUGGAAGCAUAUGCCCUGGUAGACAACAAUACGAGGGCAAAAAUGGUCGAAAUGUUGAAGACAUGGAAGGAGCCAGUGCCGGGGUCAAUGGACACACGACCGGUCUUUCCCCCUGAAGUCACAAGACCGAUUGAAAAUGCUCUCAUCAAGGCUAGGACUUCGUUUUUGCAAGCUCACCAAGAGCGGACUCAAUCUAGUAUGUCACGAGGUCGCCCGGGUCCAUCGCCUGCCCCUUACCGCGAGACACCGACUCCUCCAAACGCAUACCGGCAAACACCACCUCAACAAGCACCCGGAUACCAACCCCCGGCAUACCAAGGCCCAGGCUAUCAAGCGCCUGGAUAUCAGAACCCAGGAUACCCACCCCAAGGUCAACAAAUCUCUGUCCAACAAUCCGGGUAUCCAUCAGGCUAUCCCCAACAGCAGUACGGCCAACCAACCAAUGGAUCACAGUAUAAUCAGUCAAGCGGGCAGCAAUACGGUCAAAUAAAUGUACAGCCGUACAGUCAGCCAAACGGCCAGCAGCAAUAUUCAUUGCCUCAAGUAGAUCUUAGCCUCAACCACAAAUCGGCCAAGCUAACGAAGCCACAGCGACCCCCAAGCCAACAAUACACUCAGCCACCACCUGCACAAACAGGAUACUGGCAACAACAGCAACAGCCCGUAACUCAGAAUUAUGGCGCAUCUGGAAAUGGGAUAGAAGAUUUGAACAAUGAUAUUGAAAAGCUCAUAUCCUCAGCAAGAGCUGAAUGGCCUCAGAACCCAAACGAUACUAGUGUACAAACGAAACUGAAAGCCCUGCUUGAUCUACAAACCAUCUUGCAAAGCCAAAAGCUGCCACCUGACCAAAUAUUACUAAUUAAAGACCAAGUUGCGCAGCUGUCCAGACCCUCUCAGCCUGCACCCCAAAUUCAAUCUCCAAUUCCACCUCCCCCACCCGUAGUAGCUGUUCAGCCUCCCGCUCAACAACCUACGCUGAGCUCGAUUCUUGGUCCUGGUGCUCUAGCCGCCUUGUUAGCCAGACAGGCAGCGACCUCUCAAGCGCCCACUCAAGCCGCGCCUCUUCAAUCACCAUCACAGGCCCAGGUCCAGCCUGCUUACCAGCCUCCUCCUUCUGCAGGCCCAACGCCUACACCCCUUGACUCAAACUCUUUACUUGAAAAACUAAGAGCUGCUGGAAUGUUGUCGGGCCCUGCACAAACACCACCUUCUGCCUUUGUUCCCUCGGGAUUUCCUUCAGCUUUUGUCAAUACCCCUCCCAACCAAGCCCGUACGCCUCUAGCAGCCAUUCCCAAUGAUGUUGUUCUUAAGGCUGCUUCUUUGAAGAUCCUCUACGCAGGGCUUGGUGCUCCCUGUACACAAUGUGGCAGGCGAUUCCAGUCCGAUGUAGAGGGCAAGAAGAAGAAAGCCGCUCAUAUGGAUUGGCACUUUCACGUUAGACAACGACUGGAAGAGGCAGAAUCUCGAGGCCAACACAGAAGUUGGUAUGUGGACGAAUUGGACUGGAUCAAAUCCCGUGAAGUAGAGGGCGAGACUGGUAUCAUCUCAUCUGAGCCCUCGCUGGGAGUCAACGCCGCAGCUGCCGCCGCCACCAAACUCUCACACAUCCCUGUCCCAGACGAUCCCGUUCUCGCCGCAAGCCGCUGCCCUAUCUGCCAGGAAAAAUUCGAGAUGAAGUGGUUGGACGAGCUGCAGGAGUUCGUUUGGAUGGAUGCGAAAUGGGUUGGAGCGAGAAUAUUCCAUGCCAGUUGCGACGAAGAGGCCGCAAAGGAUGUCACUACUCAGAAUAAGCGAGGAAUUACCCCUGAGCCAGUCUUGGGGAAGCGGAAGGCUGAUGACGACCAAAUGUCAUUCAGAACAAAGAUCAAGACUGAGACAUAG